AUGAUGAAAGCUGCGUGACUACAUGAUGUGUUCCUUCUCUCGAAGCGGCAGAACUCUCCCCUUGUGGGCUCAAGUGGUUCUGUGGCGACGGAAGUUGGGAUCAUGAAAUAAGCGUUCGACACAUCAGGACCUUGUUAAAACAUCGAUCGCGAAAAGGCAACUCUGACUUAUCAUGAAGCUGGAAACGUCUGCAGCAAUUGGAGCGGCCUGGACUUUCUGUGUCCUUUGUCGCCUCACUAUCUCAGACUUGGAGAACCCCGCCCUACUAUUUGGCAAACUCAAUUCCAUGUCCUAUGCGUUCGUUUCAAAGAGCGACAGGUACGGCCAGGUCUCAGACCGGCUGACCUCGGACUCACAAGCGUGAGAUCUAGAGGCAUUGCCGCUAACUGUUUUCAUGGCAACUCACUGACCAGCUUGGACCGGUGAUGAUACCCACUGCAAAAGCGGACUCGUGUUGAUCCAUGAUCCCUGGUAAUCUCAUACCUAGUAUUCAGCUAUCCCAAAUUAAGCAUGAACCCGUCAUCUCACCUUCAACGUCAUUGACUGGUUCCGUCAUGGGAUGUCUCUCUGGUGUUAUUUAUGCAAUUCAUUUGGUGUUGUCCUAUUGUGAUAAAAGUCCUGCGGUCUAUUCUUGAAAAGAGUGUGUUUGGGCCACACGUGACUUGGGGCUUACCUAGCCUCUUGGAAGAGAGUAGCUAUAAUGAAAUUGAGUGUCAGACUCUGGGG